CUCUGACCUGUCUGCUGGUCCAGGUGUGAAGGUAUGAUGAUAAGGGAAUCUCAUCACUCCACACGUAAAUGAAGGGUAUAUAUACUUAUCAAUGUGUCGAUACUUCUCCAAUCACGCGGCAACAGUCAUGACAUCUCGUUUGAAACUCGGAGCGCUCCCUACAUUCGAUGAACUGCCAAGUUUUCAUGAUUUCAAGGGAUGUGCAUGGGAUGUAUGGGGCAAGGACGAUGAGCUAGGCACGAUUAACUUACUCACUCCCGAGGUAGUGGCACAAGCUGCUCAGGAGGAGAUUCGCCUAGGGCGUACAGUUUCAUUGAAUUGGCCAAUCCACUUCCCCUCAAGGCCCGUUUUCGAGCGUAAGAUUCCAUCAAUCACUACCUUCGCGAAGUACGGCCCCACCAUACCUAUCCGGGAUGACGUUAUCCAUAUAAAUACACAAUCGGGUUCUCAGUGGGACGGUUUGAAGCACUAUGGGUUAACAGAACACAACGUGUUCUACAACAACACUCCCGCCGAAACCCUCUCUGAGGGCGAAAUGGAAUUACACGACCCGAGUGAGAUCGAUUGUUCGAAAGUCAAACUUGGGAUACACAACUGGGCCAAUCAUGGUAUAUGUGGUCGCGGCGUUUUCCUGGAUGUGGUAAGGUAUUAUACGGCCAAUGGCGAUGCCCUACCUUACGAUCCCUGGACAAGUCAUCCGAUCACCGUUGCCGAACUGGAGGACAUCGCGAAGAAACAAGGGGUUGAGUUCCGACAAGGCGACAUCCUUCUCUUGCGCGUUGGAUUUAUCCAAAAAUACUACGCGAGCACUAAUGAAGCAAAGGCCAAUUUGAGAGGCGGCUCGGAAAAGGAAACAUUCGCUGGAAUAGAACAAAGUGAAGAUAUGAAGCGCUUCCUCUGGAAUAAUCACUUUGCUGCUAUCGCAUCUGACCAACCAUCUAUGGAGUGCUGGCCCGCGCCAAUGGGAACGCAACUUCACCAGACGAUUCUCGGCCUCUAUGGGAUGCCUAUUGGCGAAUUAUUUGAUCUUGAAGCUCUCUCAGCGUUGUGCCAAGAGACAGGUCGCUAUACGUUCUUUUUCACGUCUUGGCCUUUGAACAUUCUCGGCGGUGCCGCGAGCCCCCCCAACGCUGCCGCAUAUUUCUGAGCUGUCCUUAGUUGACACAAGUUCCUGGUAGCUCAUGUGGUCGGCUGAGGUGUAAGUUUGUGAAAGUUGAGAUGUCAAACGAACAUAGUUGUGGUUAUAUGAAUGUAGCUGUCACUGCACAAAGGGUUGCGAUUGACCCUACGCAAUGUAUCUUUGUAGAGAUGUUACCCUGCUGAUCCAAUCAUGUCCACG